GCUCCCCGGACCCUCUGGAUGCCCGCCCAAUAGUCGCUUCUGUGUGUUACAGUGAGAUAAAGUGGUCUCAGUGCGUCCUAGACCUGGCCCGAGAGCCAGGACUUUGAUUCCCGAAGGCCCUCUUCCCAGCCUAGGCCCGGCCCCGCAAACCCAUUGGGCGGUCCCCCCGCGCCGCCACGCCUUCUGAGAAAUGUAGUGUGACUCCCUGGACGCCCUGGUCCAGAGUCGGCUGCAGGAAUACAACUCCCAGAAGCUCCAGCGCAGCGGCGUCUCAACGUCCCGGGCUCCCCCGUCGCUCUCUCGCGUUGGUCGGUCGGUCGCGCCACAGGGUCUUCUGGUAAAUGUAGUCUGACUCUCUGUGCGCUCAGGAGGAGGGCUCCGGCAGCGGCGCACACGUGUUGGUCGGCAAGCUGCGCCGCGGGUUUCCUGGUCUUGGUGGUUUCCCCGGAGGGCGCUCUGGGCCGAGGUCUCCGGAGUCCGCGGUCUGGGGACGGAGUAACCGUCGGGAGAGCUGCGGGGUCCGGCCGGCCGGGGCCUGGGGCGGACGGUGUCGGGAGCUGACGGGACCCGAGAACCGUGGCCCUGGCCCCUCCCUGUGUGCAGAGACUCCGGGGUGGGCGUUGCGGGUCGGACCUGACCGCCGUCGAGGUUUGUUACUCGCCUUUCCCAGCUCUGACUCGGUCGAGAGCUCGGAGUCGGAAGAGAUGACGGCCACGGGGCUCUUGGCUGCCUGCCUCCCGUGUCUUGGAUCUCCAAACCAGCUAUCGUGGCCCAGCUAGAACUCGGAGUAGAGCCAUGGAUAAUGGACAGAGGACUCUCCCAAGGUUCCUGCCCAGGUGGGUAUUGCAGUUGCUUUCAGUAAUCACCCAAAUCCACUGCUCCUGGGCAAGCUCCUGGUGGAUUAAUCCUGCAGGAUGGCAGCCAUCAACCCGUGGGCUUCGUGGGGUAUCUUUACGGACCAGUCCUGGGGGAUGGCGGCUGUUGACCCGUGGGCCUCCUGGGCUCUGUGUCCUCAGGACUCUACCUGGUGCGUGGAGAAGACCCCUGAGGAGAGAAGGAGGGCCCCCAGGCUUCCGACAGCCCAGGCCCAGGAACCAGUGACCUUCAAGGAUGUGGCUGUGGACUUCACCCAAGAGGAAUGGGGGCAGCUGGACCCUGUUCAGAGGACCCUGUACCGUGAUGUGAUGCUGGAGACCUAUGGGCAUCUGCUCUCUGUGGGGAAUAAGAUCGCCAAGCCUGAGGUCAUCUCCCUGUUGGAGCAAGGAGAAGAACCGUGGUCGGUGGAGCAGGCAUAUCCUCCUCAAGGCACUUGUCCAGAAUGGGUGAGAAAUCUUGAAAGCAAAGCAUUGAUCCCAACACAGAGCAUUCUUGAGGAGGAACAGUCCCAUAGCAUGAAGUUGGAGAGAUACAUAUGGGAUGAUCCUUGGUUCUCCAGGUUAGAAGUUUUGGGAUGUAAAGACCAAUUAGAAAUGUAUCACAUGAACCAGAGUACAGCUAUGAGGCAAAUGGUCUUCAUGCAAAAGCAAGUACUGUCUCAAAGAGGCGCUGAGUUCUGUGAACUUGGGGCAGGGUGUAGCCAGAGACUAAGCAUUGUUCCAUCUCAGAAAGUUUCUCAAAUAGAACAUUUCUAUAAGCCUGAUACAAAUGCUGAAAGUUGGAGAUGUAACUCAGCCAUAAUGUAUGCAGAUAAGAUUACCUGUGAAAAUAAUGAGUAUGACAAAGCCUUCUACCACUCCAUGCAACCUGUUCACCCUGCAAGGGUGCAAACUGGAGAUAAUCUUUUCAAAUGUACUGAUGCUGUUAAAUCUUUCAAUCAUAUACUGCAUUUUGGUGAUCAUAUGGGAAUGCAUACAGGAGAAAAACUAUAUGAAUAUAAGGAAUGCCAUCAAAUCUUUAACCAGAGCCCAUCAUUUAGUGAACAUCCAGGACUUCAUAUUGGAGGAAACCAGUAUGAUUACAAAGAAUAUGAGAAUAUCUUUUACUUUUCAUCCUUUAUGGAACAUCAAAAAAUUGGUACUGUAGAGAAAGCAUAUAAAUACAAUGAAUGGGAGAAAGUCUUUGGGUAUGACUCAUUCCUUACACAGCAUACAAGCACUUACACUGCAGAGAAACCCUACGAAUAUAAUGAAUGUGGGACGUCUUUUAUCUGGAGCUCUUACCUUAUCCAACAUAAGAAAACUCAUACUGGAGAGAAACCCUAUGAAUGUGAUAAAUGUGGAAAAGUUUUUAGGAAUCGUUCAGCCCUUACUAAACAUGAACGGACUCACACUGGAAUCAAACCCUAUGAAUGUAAUAAAUGUGGAAAAGCCUUCAGCUGGAAUUCUCAUCUUAUUGUACACAAGAGAAUUCAUACGGGAGAGAAACCUUAUGUAUGUAAUGAAUGUGGGAAGUCUUUCAACUGGAACUCCCAUCUUAUUGGACAUCAGAGAACUCAUACUGGAGAGAAACCUUUUGAAUGUACUGAAUGUGGGAAAUCUUUCAGCUGGAGCUCCCAUCUUAUUGCCCACAUGAGAAUGCAUACUGGAGAGAAGCCCUUUAAAUGUGAUGAAUGUGAAAAAGCUUUUAGGGAUUACUCAGCCCUUAGUAAACAUGAAAGAACACACUCUGGAGCAAAACCAUAUAAAUGUACUGAAUGUGGAAAAUCCUUCAGCUGGAGCUCCCACCUUAUUGCCCAUCAGAGAACUCACACAGGAGAGAAACCCUAUAACUGUCAGGAAUGUGGCAAAGCAUUCAGAGAACGUUCAGCCCUCACUAAACAUGAAAUAAUUCAUUCUGGAAUUAAGCCCUAUGAAUGUAAUAAAUGUGGAAAAUCAUGCAGCCAGAUGGCUCACCUUGUUAGACAUCAAAGGACUCAUACUGGAGAGAAGCCCUAUGAGUGCAAUAAAUGUGGAAAAUCCUUCAGCCAGAGUUGCCACCUUGUUGCCCAUCGGAGAAUCCACACUGGUGAGAAACCCUACAAAUGUAAUCAAUGUGAAAGAUCCUUUAACUGUAGCUCUCAUCUUAUUGCACACAGGAGAACUCAUACUGGAGAGAAACCAUAUAGAUGUAAUGAAUGUGGGAAAGCAUUUAAUGAGAGUUCUUCCCUUAUUGUACAUCUGAGAAACCAUACUGGAGAAAAACCCUACAAAUGUAAUCAUUGUGAGAAAGCUUUCUGUAAGAAUUCUUCUCUUAUUAUUCAUCAGAGAAUGCAUAGUGGAGAGAAACGCUUUAUAUGCACUGACUGUGGAAAAGCCUUUAGUGGUCACUCAGCCCUACUUCAACACCAGAGAAAUCAUAGUGAAGAGAAACUCUGUGAAUUGAAUUGAUGAGAGAUUUUUCUUUUAUUGUACAUUUGAUAACACAUUGAAAAAAAACCUAUAAGUAUAAUCAAGAGGGGAAAUUUUUAAUACUAGUUCAGUAAGACUUCUCCCCUUAUUAAUCAGUAGAAAUUAUCAUCGUAGAAGAAACCUGUGAAUGAAAAGAAUAGGCAAAAGCCUUCCACAGUUGUGUAGCCUUUAUUUAACAUCAAAUAAUUACAGUGAAGAGGACACCAGGAAUCCUACUUGAGCAACAUGAACGUAGGGAAUGAGACAUCUUUUUGUAAGAGAUCUCAACUAUUUGUGGAUCAGAGUGCAUUGUUAAGGGAAAAACUUUAUCCUAGGAAAAGUGUUUCAACUAGAAAUCCGCUGUUUUGCAUCAAGCUGGAAUAUUGGAUGGAAGCUUUACAAUAACAUUUUGUGCAUCAUUAUGGAAACACAGAUUGUGCUAUUAUAAGGGGAGGGUCUGGGUGCCCUUUAAGGAAUAGAAUAUGGAAUACUAAACCUGAAUUUAAGGAAAAAAAAAAGUGUUGAAUGGGAUAUCUACUGUUGAUUGAGAUUAACCUUAGAAAAGAUUAGUAAAUGAGAUUACUAAUGAUGGAAAGGUAUUGCCCAUAAGUAUGAGACUGAUGUUGUUGGAACAAAAGGUGAUACUUAAUAACCCACUGUGUCAGUGACCAUGGUUUACUCAUUACUGCAUUGUUGGACAAUUAGUUUGUAAUCUGUUUUAGGCAGUCACUGUAAGUUAUAAUUAUGGAUACUGAGUCAAUAUACAUAACAAAAAAAGGAAUAAAAAGGACACAAAAUUGUAUAUACAUAUCUACUAUAACAUCUAAAAAGUGUAUAUGCAUAACGACUGGAAAGACCCAUGGAUAAAUUAACCCAGUUAAGGUUUUUUUUUAAGUUUUACAAACACAUACAGCACUUAUCACGUGCUAAACUUUGUUUUAAAUACUUUUCAAAUAUUAACUUGUUCAGUCCCCUUAAUUCUAUGAGAUAGGUACUAUUAUCCCAGUUUUACAAAGGGAGAAACUGAGGCAGAAAUCAUCAGAAACCUACCUAAGGACACACAGCUAGUUAGGAAUAGAAAGAUUGUUUGGCUCCAGAGAUUGUUUUAACCACUGUGUUGCACUGCCUCUGCAGUGAUUUUUUUUCCCCUAAUGUUUUUUUUUUUUUAAUUUUGUCCAGUGUUCUUAUAGUAGAUAUUUGAUAAUAAAAAUCAAAUUCCUAAACAAUGAGAAGUAAAGUUACCUGGCUUUCUACCUUGUGGGAUUUCGGGUACCAUGAGAGCAAACCUCCCUUUGGAAUACGAAGUCUGGAUUGGACAUUCAGAAUCAGUGCAUUUUCUGGGCCCUGGGUUCCCUAGAAUUUCACCACCUAUGACCCUGAAGAUUACAGCAGAGCAGGGGCUGGAGGACUCACUGGAGGUUUGGGCAAGUCAGAGGAAAUGCCCCUUGAUGGGUUUAGAAUGCCCUUCAUGAGGCAGAGGGCAAGAGACACAUCUGCACAUGAGAGCACCAUUUCUCAAGGUCUCCGUAGAAUUCAAUGUUUAUAUUUUCUUUAUCUUCUCCAGAUGAAGAGAUUACUUGAUAGUAAGGAAGAUUCAGAAGGAAAGGGAGCUAAUCAGUCAUAAAAUGAGGAAGUUUCUCUGAGUGCUCAGAGUGGAAAGGGGGCAAGAUGACUAGGAGGACUUGGGUGGCAUUUCUUCGGUUCACAAAUAUUUCCCUAAGGUAGGGCUAUAAUUAGGGGCCAGCAGUCCUUCCUGGAUGGGUUUCAAGGGCAUUGGUUAGAAAUCCAGGGUACAGAAGGUUCAUCUAGUUCUCGAGGGGUCCAUGACUCUCCAGUGGUUGAGAAAAAGUGGCCUGCUGGUAUGGUGGGACUCUGUGCUCACUGUCAAACUCCUGUAGCUGGCGCUUCCAUAGGUAUGUAACAGUGACCCUACCUUAAUGUAUAGGGGUUGCCCAGUAAAGGUUGCAGGGGUAAAUUAAUUGGAUUUUUUGUAUGAUUUGUGCAGAGAUCCUUGGAGAGAAUAGAGGCAGCACUAUUAACCUCUGUAAGAGACAGCAGCCUAACGCAUCAAGAGGUGUACUGCCAAUAUAUGGGUAUUGUAUUCUAAUACCCAAAGUAAUAUACUUUGAACCCAGAUUUUCUGAUUUAGGGACUACAAAGGAUUUUGUAAGUUAUACACAAAUAUUCCACAAGCAUCCUGGCAAGUUCUGUAACUGUACCACCAAGCUUAGUAUCUUUUAAAAAAUAUUUCUAAAAGGGCCUCCUGGACUUUUAAAGUGUCCUUCUAAAAGGGUCCCAGACUUCUGCUUCCUCCUAGAAGGAUUCCCUACCUCCCUACCACCUAUUACACAACCUUAUGUAUGCCCAGGGCUCCCAGGUCCCCUCUUACCUCCCUAUUCUAACCCACAUCUAACUCAGUUCAUUGCCCUUUUGAUCCCCACGCUCCACUCUUCCCCAACUCUGAAACCUGCUGGGCCCAGUUGGAACUCUCCAUUCAGCCAUCUUCUGCUGUGACUGAAACUUGGGUUUCCCCUCUGCACAGUACCUUUUCUUACGAUCCUUGCAGGGAGUGGCUGCUUUGUCUUCCACUCUUCUUCAUUUGUUGCUUCUAGAUUGUUUCCCCUCCCUUCUCUCUAAAACUGAGUUCUGACUCUUGGGACACCAAACUGUCAUAUCACUCCUGCUUCCCUCUGUUGCAGUCACCUUAUGAAUGGUUCACUCUUCCCAUCCGUAAAGAUUUCAGCUCUUGCUGUAUUGCAUCUAAAACCACCCGCAUCGUAAUACUUCCUGAUUUUAUUGUCCAGGUAGAUGAUCUUCCUGUGUCCUGACCUCACAGUUCUUUGACCUGUCUGCUCACGGUUUUGUCACCCACCCUGCAACAGACAGUCACUCCCAUUGUCAUCCCUAGGACCAUUCCAUUACCAGUGACUGGAACCUCCCCACCAUCGGUUUCAAGUGUCUUUUCUUAAGCUAGUUGGCUGUUUAGUACCAAGAUUCCAACAGUCCCUUCACUGAAUCUUCCCUUACGCUUGUUCCCAGCAGAAGACUUUGCUUCCUGUUUCCCUGAGUGAUAGAAGCCAGCAGAGGCCUUGCAUGACAUCUGUCCACCUUCUCUACCCACUUUCCAUAAUUUCCGUGCCUUCCCACUUGUGCGUGUAUAUGAACUGACUGGGUUGGCACCAGAGCCUGUCCCAUGUCCACUACUCCAAGACAUCGCUCCAGCAAGUUUCCCGUAUCUCUUGUAUCCUCAGGUUUUCUAUAUAUACUGGAUUAUCCCCAUGGACAUGUAAACAUACUUAAAAAAAACAAAACAAAAAAUCCUCUGGC